GUCAAAUUAUCCGUCACUUGCAUGUCACUUGUCAUUUUCCUUCCAAGUUCAAGAAAUUUGUUGAUGACUUGUGGAAAUUGAUCUCGUACUUCCAAUAACUUGAAUUUCGGGCAUAUAUUUCUAAUUACAGAUUACUGAUCCGAAAAAUGGGUCAGAGUCAAUCAGGUCCUGGAGGCAGUGAUAAGAAAGAUGAGAAGGAUAAAAAGAAAAAAUACGAGCCUCCAAUUCCAACUAGAGUAGGAAAGAAAAAACGCCGUACCAAGGGACCAGAUACUGCUUUGAAACUUCCAGCUGUAACUCCUCAUACAAGGUGCAGACUGAAAUUGUUGAAAUUGGAAAGAAUCAAGGAUUAUCUACUGAUGGAAGAAGAAUUUAUUCGUAAUCAAGAACGUCUUAAGCCUCAGGAAGAGAAAAACGAGGAAGAAAGAUCUAAAGUUGAUGACCUGAGAGGUACCCCAAUGUCAGUGGGAACUUUAGAAGAAAUUAUUGAUGACAAUCAUGCAAUAGUUUCUACUUCUGUUGGUAGUGAACAUUAUGUGAGCAUCCUAUCUUUUGUUGAUAAAGAUCAAUUAGAACCAGGGUGUUCAGUUCUUUUGAACCAUAAAGUUCAUGCGGUAGUUGGUGUACUUGGAGAUGACACUGAUCCUAUGGUGACUGUGAUGAAAUUGGAAAAAGCUCCCCAAGAAACUUAUGCAGAUAUUGGUGGAUUAGACACACAAAUUCAAGAAAUAAAGGAAUCUGUAGAAUUACCCUUGACCCAUCCUGAGUAUUAUGAAGAAAUGGGUAUCAAACCUCCAAAGGGUGUUAUACUAUAUGGCCCACCAGGUACUGGAAAAACACUGUUGGCUAAAGCAGUAGCAAAUCAAACAUCAGCAACAUUUUUGAGAGUUGUUGGGUCUGAACUUAUCCAAAAAUACCUGGGAGAUGGUCCAAAACUUGUUAGAGAAUUAUUUAGAGUAGCUGAGGAACAUGCUCCUUCCAUAGUAUUCAUAGAUGAAAUAGAUGCUGUAGGGACAAAACGUUAUGAUUCAAACUCUGGAGGUGAAAGAGAGAUUCAGAGAACUAUGUUAGAACUUCUAAAUCAAUUAGAUGGCUUUGAUUCAAGAGGUGAUGUCAAAGUCAUUAUGGCAACAAAUCGAAUUGAGACUCUAGAUCCAGCUUUGAUUAGACCUGGUAGGAUCGAUAGAAAAAUUGAAUUUCCACUUCCGGAUGAGAAAACUAAGAGGAGGAUUUUCAAUAUUCACACGUCAAAGAUGACUUUGGCCGAAGAUGUUAAUCUGCAAGACCUCAUUAUGGCAAAAGAUGACCUAUCUGGAGCCGAUAUCAAGGCAAUUUGUACUGAGGCUGGUUUGAUGGCUCUGAGAGAAAGGAGAAUGAAAGUAAUGAAUGAAGAUUUCAAAAAGUCUAAAGAAAGUGUUCUAUAUAGAAAGAAAGAAGGUACUCCUGAAGGAUUGUAUUUAUAAUCUUCUUAUUGUAUUUUCAAUUGAUUGAAUUAAAUGAUAAUAAAUUCAUAUGGAUGUC